AUGUCCUCUGGAGAACCCCAGCCACCACUGUCCGAGCCAUCAUCAGAUCCAUACCCCGGGCCUCCUCUUCUUCUAAAUCUCCCUCCUGAACUCAUAGACAACAUUCUUUCUCAUCUUUCACCUUACGAUCUCUCCGCCAUAUCCGCAACAUGUCGAGAUUUGCAUAAGCACGCUCUCUCAGAUGUCCUCUGGUACCCACUAGUUCAAGAAAACGUCCCAGGCGUCACUCUCACAAGCCCCCGGCCCUGCAACAGCUAUCAUGAGCUUUACGUCGCCCACGAUCGUCUUUGGUUCCUCCCCAGACAAAAAAUCUGGUUCUGCGAUAGGGAUCUCACUGGAAGACUUAUGAUCGUUCGCUAUGAUCCUCGGCGGGGUUGCAUCGAGGGCUAUCAAUUACUCGCGAGUAGAGACAGGCAAAUACAGCAAAGUUUCCUCGGACAAGGCGACGUUUUGAUCAAUGAAUUUGAUCCUAAAGUCAAACUUCAUCUUGAUAAGCCCAUGCUACAGUUUCGCGUGGGAGAACGAGCUCCGGAGGAAUUUCUGAGUCGACCUGGUGCCAAUCGCUUCGCUGAUGAGAUGCCCGUGACUCUUGAUGACAGAAUCGACGCUCUAUUUAGCAAUUUCAUGCUAACAUGCGAGCUCGAUCAAGAAGAAGCUCAAGAAAACCUCACCUCACAUUUCCCAUACGGUAACAUCUGGCCACCGCCUCACAUCCCUUCAGACCACCAUGUCUCGGGUAGCAGCACACAAGUAACAUCGGAGGGCAUCUUCGUGAAAACACCAUCGUCCCGGCCUCAGCGCCGCGAAGAGGUAUCAGAGCGAUUCUUCCGCAUUCGUCAAUGGAUGGAAAUGGCGGGUGGUUUAUCCCGAGUCGGUAUGGCAGCUGGUUUGGGUGGUAUAUACAAUAUGCUAAGAUUAUCACGCACCGCAGUCGACGGCGGAAUGCCCAACGUUCACGUCGGCGAGGAGCUCAUCACGUACUCCACCCUCGAUCCGAAGUUAUACACGCCGACUGUGUUGAAGCCCUGGAGGGGAAUUUGGGUCGGUGAUUAUAGCACCCACGGAUGCGAGUUUUUGCUCAUACAUCAACCUGACGAUGAGACGAGCGCCACGGAUGAAGAACUCGGUCUUGUAAGACGAGAUUCUGAGAGUGAUGAAGAGUGGCAAGCGAGACGGACUGAAGGACGGACGUUUCAGGGACGACUGGAGGCUAUUAAAUUAACUGGUGAUCCCAACGUUCCGCGGGGAGAAAUCACCUUUGUAGCUGAUGACAUUGGGCCCGAUGGUGUCGUCGACGGUCCGCCGGUAGAUCCUUGCUUCCAGGGAAUGAGAGCGGUUCACAGCAAAGGACAUAUUGCAAAUACGGGAUUCGCCUUAGACCGAUAUAUUGAGAGUCAGCUUAUAUUCGUCAGUCACAAUCGGCUGGCGCAGCACUGGGUUGGGUUUGGACACAUAAACUACUUUCAGAGGGUGGACAUUGAUGAGUUUCUCAAGUUGUAA